AUGGCUUUCGGCGGCGCUGCGCUGAAGUUCAUCGCAACAGCACUCUACGCUCUUGAAUUCUGUUGUGCUGCGAUCGUUCUUGGAAUUUACUCCUACUUCCUCUCGGUCCAGGCCGAUCGUAAUGUCACCAUUCCCCGAUGGCAGCAAGCCGUAGAGGGUCUGUCUGGUGCGACCGUCCUCUACACCAUCGCCGCAGUUGUCUUUACCUGCUGCCUUGGCGGCAAGACCUUCUUUGCUCUCACCGGCCUGAUCUUUAAUGUCCUUUGCUGCGGUGCCAUGAUCGCUGUCGCCAUUUUGACCCGUGACGGAGCAUCAAGCUGCACUGGCAACGUCAACACUCCCCUCGGCAAUGGCGCCAGUACCUCCAAAGAAGGCUUUGGUAGCAACGGUCAGGGCAACCAAAUCACCUACGCUGCAUCUCUCGGCACUACCUGCAGGCUCAACACUGCUUGUUUCGCGGUCGCUAUCAUCGGAGCCCUUCUCUUCUUGCUCUCGAUUCCCGUACAGGUCCUGCUCAGCCGUCACCACAAGAAAGAGAAGCGCUUCGGUCCCGGCCCUACCAACGGCUACACCAAGGGCUCUGGCAAGAAAUUCUGGCAGCGCAGGUCCCGCAACAAGGAGCUCCGCGACCCUGAAGUCGCUGCUGUCCCCGCUACCUCGACCACCGGCCACGCUGCUCUUGCUCCUGGUGCUCGUGACUACCGUCCCAGCCACGACACUCACAUGACCGGUUCCACCGUUGCUCCUCCCCACGGCACUACUCCUCACGGUCCCCUUGACAACCACGCUUACAGCAAGCCUGUUACCGGCGGCUACCACACCGCACCUACCAGCACCUAUGCAACUCCUGGCACCAAUUACUAG